AUGCAGAAGAAGGCCGAGUUAUUAGCGGUGGCUUUGCAAGGAGGAGUGUCCUUGGGACCGAACCAGUGCGCCUAUUGUAAAGGAACCAAAUUAGAGCAUGAGUUCCUCUAUAUUCCUGAGUGUCCGCUCCCAUUACUGGGCAGGGAUCUGCUUGGUAAAUUAGGAGCAACUAUUUCUUUUGAUGCAGGAAAACAGAGAGUGACAGUCAGACAUUCUCCGGAGGAGAUGUGGCGAUUGAUGGUAGUUAGGCAAAUAAAGGAAGAGGUUAGAGAUGAUGCAUGGCAGGAGUUUGAUGUACCAAGAUUGUGGGCUGAAGAUAAUCCUCCGGGAUUUGCAGCUCAUCAUCUUCCGGUAGUGGUGGAACUGAAAUCAGGCGCUGUCCCUGUACGUAUAGGUCAGCGACCUGUGUCUAGGGAAGCAGUUUGUGCUGUAUAUGAUAGUAUCCAGAGAUAUCUUGAGGCAGGAGUGUUGGUACCUAUUCAGUCUCCAUGGAACACCCCAAUAAUUCCAAUUAAGAAGGCAGAUGGCUCCUUUAGGCCCGUACAGGAUCUGCGCCCUGUAAACUGCCUGACAGUGACCUUGCACCCCUCUGUGUCGAACCCCUAUACUCUACUUAGUUUAAUUCCACCCCGAGCUGCUUGGUUUUCCGUUAUAGACUUGAAAGAUGCUUUCUUUACGAUACCUAUUCAUCCAGUUAGUCAGCCUUUGUUUGCCUUUGAGUGGGAACACCCCAGAAAUGGAACUAAAUCUCAAUAUACAUGGACUAGACUUCCUCAAGGAUUUAAAAACUCCCCUACCUUGUUUGGAACAGCUUUAGCCAAAGAUUUGCAAUACUGUGCCAUGCCAACAGGGAGAUACUAUCUUGCAUAUGUAGAUGAUGUGCUUGUAACAGGACAGGAUGAAAAUACUUGUUGGGAAAACACCAAGGCAUUAUUAGAACUGUUGUUGAAAUGUGGAUAUAGAGUUUCCCGGAAAAAGGCCCAGUUGGUGCAACGGCAUGUGAGGUAUUUAGGGUACGAUAUUGAACGAGGACAAAGAGCGCUGGGGCCAGAGAGAAAACAAGCAAUUUUGGCUCUAGCAGAGCCAAAGACGAAGAGACAGCUGCGAAGCUUCCUGGGAUUAGCAAGCUUUUGUCGGAUUUGGAUUCCAAAUUUUGCUUUAAUGGCCGCCCCUUUGAAUGUUGCAACAAGGGGGGCGAACAUUGAGCCGUUGGAAUGGGGAGGAGAACAAAAGAAAGCAUUCCGAGACAUUAAGGAAGCUUUGACACAAGCUCCUGCAUUAGCUUUGCCAAAUUUGCAGAAGCCUUUCAAUUUAUAUGUAGAUACUAACAAAAAUAUCACUUUGGGGGUAUUGACCCAACCGCUUGGGAGUUGGCAGCAACCGGUGGCUUAUCUUUCUAAACAACUAGAUGGAGUUGCAAAGGGCUGGCCUCAUUGUCUCAAAGUGUUAGCUGCUAUUGCGGAACUAAUACAAGAUUGUAAUAAGCUUACUUUUUCUUGUCCUAUAAAUGUGCACACUCCUCAUGCAGUGCAAUCAGUGUUAGACGCAAAAGGACAUCUGUGGAUAAGUGGACAACGGUUGGCAAAAUAUCAAGCUAUUAUGAUCGAGAACCCUCAGGUGCGACUAGUUGUUUCAAAUAGAUUGAAUCCGGCUACUCUAUUACCAACUGAGGCAGAGCCGGUGCAUGAUUGUUUGCAAGUGCUUGAGAAAGUGUAUGCUAGUCAAGCUGAUUUAACUGAUAUCCCUUUGCCAGAUGCCCAGCUUAACUGGUAUACAGAUGGAUCUAGUUACAUGAUAGAAGGAAAUAGAGUGUCUGGAUAUGCAAUAGUGGAUGAUGACAGGGUGGUAGAGUGUGGUCCUUUGGGAAAAGGACAUAGUGCGCAAGUAGCGGAGUUGUGGGCCUUAAUAAGAGCAUUGGAACUGGCAUCGGACGAAACUUUAAAUGUGUGGACUGACAGCAAAUAUGCUUUUCUAACUUUGCAUGCUCAUGGAGCAGUGUAUAAAGAAAGAGGAUUUAGAGAUUCAGCUGGAAAAUACAUUUUACAUGGGCAUUUGAUAAGUCGUUUACUUGAUGCUGUACAGAGGCCAAAGAAAGUGGCAGUGAUGCAUUGUAGAGGACACCAAAGAGGAGAUGAUAGGAUAACCAUGGGAAAUAGGGCGGCAGACUUAGAAGCAAGGGAAGCGGCCAAGCGCCACGGGCCAACCCCCGAUUUAUCAAUAUGUGUAGCCAUGGAUAUGGGAGUGAUACCACCUGAAAUAAAACCUACCUAUACACAGCAAGAGAGUGUAAAAGCAGUAACUGAUUUACAGGCUAUGGUGGAAAGUGGAUGGUAUGUGUUACCAGACCAGAGAGUGUAUGUGCCGUCGUCUGUAGCCUGGACUUUGGCACAAUUAGCCCAUGGAACUACUCAUAUGGGAAAAACAGCUCUGGAAGCUGCUUUAAAAAGAGAUUAUUACAUUGAUGGCCUAACUGGUAUUGCUGCGGGGGUGGUGUCCAGGUGCAUUACCUGUGCAAAAGUUAAUCCUAGACAAGGACCCUUAUUGCCCCCCGGAGCAAUACCACGUGCAUACAUUCCUAUGGAUUACAUCAUGAUUGAUUUUACUGACAUGCCAAGAUGUGGACUGUUUAAGGCUAUGUUGGUUAUUGUGGAUAUGUAUACUGGAUGGCCAGAGGCAUUUCCUACGAAAACUAAACAGGCGAGAGAAGUGGCACGGCUAUUGCUUAAAGAGAUUAUACCCAGGUUCGGGAUGCCUACCAAUAUUUCCUCUGAUAAUGGUCCUGAGUUUGUUCAUCAUGUUAAUCAGGCAGUAACUCAAGCUGUAGGGAUUCGGUGGAGAUUUCACAGUUCUUUUCAUCCACAAUCAGGAAGCGCUAUUGAGAGAUUGAAUAGAACCCUGAAAGAAAGAAUUACUAAGAUUUGUACUGAAAGUCAUUUGAAAUGGCCUGAUGCUUUACCACUAGCUUUGUAUGCAAUUCGAAGCUCUCCAAGAGGACAACACAAGUUGUCUCCCUAUGAAUUGAUGUUUGGGCGACCUCCAAACCUUUUGCGGCGACAUCUAGCGGGAUGGCCGGAUUUGGGCCAUAAGGGGGGUGUUUGGAGUAUGGAAAUGGUGCAGGAGCUAAGUAAACAGGUUGAAAGAUUACAACAAUAUGUGAUGGAACAGGUACCCCCCAGACUGGUAACUCGCUGUCAUCCCUUUAAACCUGGAGAUCGAGUGUGAGUUAAACAUUGGAAGAAAGAACAGCUAGAGGGGAGAUGGAAGGGACCUUUCACCAUUGUCAUGUCUUCCCCUCUCGCUGUUAAGAUUGCAGAAUCCAAAUCAUGGAUCCAUUGGACACGGGUAAAAGCGGCAGCAGACAAGAGCUGGAGAGUGUCCAUGGACCCGAAAAAUCCAACCAAGCUUACCUUUAGACGCAACUAA